AUGGGACGAAACGGAUACCAGAUCUUUCUCACAACUUGGAAAGAAGGGCUCAGCUCAGGGAGUCAACGCCCAGACUGUCUUCGAGUAGUGUCCAUGAACCCUCCCUGGGAGGACAGCACAAUGAUAACAGCGGCUGUCUCUGGAGCAGACACUGUGCUUGUGGAGCAAACAGGGCAGAAGUUGAAGCUGUGGCUGGUGAUGGGUGAACAAUAUGUAUCAGGCUUGAACAGCUUGGAGAAGAUAGGUCGUGUGCUGGGUCUGGCACCUGAUAAGGACGACAAUGGAUAUGUGUUGGUGGGAACACAGAACGUGGCACAGAUCAGGAGGAAGGACACAUUCGAGGCCCUGGGAGUUGAAGGAUUUGCUCGCGUGUUUGGUGUGGAGGAAGCUGCCGCAGAGUGCUUUCGGCUGGCCACACUUUCAAAGCAGCACGCCGGCCAGGGAGUGAUCCAUGCCGCAAAAUGUGCACUGCUUGAGAGUCUUGAUGAGGGUGCAUGUUUGUCAGGUCUGCGACUGACCAGAAAGCGCCUCUUGGACCCGAUUUAUGGCAUGCAGCUUGUUUCUUCGGGCUCAAGGGCACUGCUGCAGGAGUUAGUUUCGAAGUACAGUGCUGUGUUGGCCUUCAUAGAAGAAAAUCUCCCACAUCGCAGCCUGAAUUAUGAAGUGAAGAAGCCCUUGGACAGGCUGGAGUUGCUGCUACUCUUGGGAGAAGCCGGUGAUGUCAGCGGCCAACAUUGCUUGGGGAGGCUGAGUUGUGGCCAGGCAUUGGAUGACGAUCGUGCAUUCCAUGUGGUGCUGGAGGUUCUGAUUGCCAUGGUGGACGAUCGUUUACUCAUAACACAUGCAACGCCAGAGCUCAUAGAGUACCUACAGCUUAAGUCCAACCUCGCUGGAGACGACCUAAUAUCCCCAGAGGCGUCUGGGUAUGCCCACCUCCUUGCCAGAGUGCACCGUGAGCAGGGUAACAGCCUGGCAGCUGCAACCAUUUUCAGAGCGUUGGGUCAUAGAGCUGAGGGAGUGGCAUUGUCAUUGAGGAUUCAAUAUGUAGCAGCUGCAGUUGAGCAGUACAAGGCGGGCGAGCACAGCGACUACCUAGAAGAUGCUCGUCAUGACCUCAGAGUUGCUCUUGUGCAGGAGAGGCUGGUGCGCCGACUGGAGCUUUUGCAUGAGGACAAUGCCAUUCAGAGGCUGUCCUCUCGUUUAGCUCCUGCACAGGAACUGCACGAUUUCUACACACAAGACUUUCAGAUCUGGGACAUCAGCCUUCACCUCGUGGCCCUUAUGGAUGCUAAUCCUGGGCAUGAUAUAGUUGGCCGGCUGUGGGACCUCCACAUGGCACAAGGCUGGCAUGAGCAUCCUGAAGCGAACUUGAUGGAGAAAUUCCGGGCUGUUUGCUGCCGGGUCGCGGAAUUGGCGCACCACCUCAGGCAGCUUCCUUGUAGCAGAGAUUGGAGCUUCCCUCUGGAGCAUCUGUCGAGCAGGUUGGAGGGCAUGGCGGCGGGAGAACUGCCGGAACCCCACGGCCCUCUGCCAUCAAAAGAAUGCGCUGCGAUGAUAGCGGCAGCACUGGCCCAGGGCGCCGACCAUAAAGUGCUGGCGAAGUUCUACUUCGGACUGGUGUCGAAGCAGUGGAUAUCUCGUUUCAAGGACAGGCUGGAAGAGACGUACAUGGCGAUUCGUGCCACAGCACAGCGGAACUUGGAGAGCUGA